AUGGCAAACGGCACAACAGACGUCACACACUGCGAAACGAAUAACAGGAUAGAACAUAGCGAUCAGGACCAAAGCGAAAAGAAAUAUAAACACAGUCUACCUAGAAAACAACCACACGAAUGGUUGAAAUGGCUACCUUUGCUUGAACCACUAGAACCAAAUGAGACAGACGAAUUUUCAUACAGAAAUAAAUCUGAAAUUAAGGAAGCGACUAAUGCUCAAUUCAACGAUCCAGACAGAUCCA